GAGAGCCUUGGGAGCAGCUGGAAUUGGCUCCCUGGGCAACAGGAGAGGCUCGGGAGCAGCAGGAAUUGUCUCCCUGGACACCUUGGGAGCAACUGGAAUUGACUCCCUGGAAACAGGAGAGCCUUGGGAGCAGCUGGAAUUGUCUCCCUGGACAACAGGAGAACCUUGGGAGCAGCCCCCCCCCCUUCCAAAACCUGGGAUAGGGGGGUCCUGGGCUGGGCUGGGGGGUGGGAUUUGGGUGCCAGGGGAUGCUCCUGGUCCCCAAAUCCAAGGAAUUGUGGCGUUCCCGUGUUGCAGGAGGCGGCUGUCGGAGCAGCUGGCGCACACCCCCACCUCCUUCCGCAGGGAUCCCGAGGAUCCGUCGGCCGUCGCCCUCAAGGAGCCCUGGCAGGAGAAAGUCAGGAGGAUCCGGGAAGGGUCUCCCUACGGACACCUCCCCUCCUGGAGGCUCCUCUCCGUCAUCGUCAAGUGCGGCGACGACCUUCGCCAGGAGCUGCUGGCAUUCCAGGUGCUCAAACAGCUCCAGUCCAUCUGGGAGCAGGAGCGGGUCCCGCUGUGGAUCAAACCCUACAAGAUCCUGGUGAUCUCGGCCGACAGCGGGAUGAUCGAGCCCGUGGUCAACGCCGUGUCCAUCCACCAGAUCAAGAAGCAGUCCCUGCUCUCCCUGCUGGAUUAUUUCCUGCAGGAGCACGGGAAUUACAACACGGAGUCGUUCCUGAGCGCCCAGAGGAACUUUGUGCAGAGCUGUGCCGGGUACUGCCUGGUGUGUUACCUGCUGCAGGUCAAGGACAGGCACAACGGGAACAUCCUGCUGGACGCCGAGGGCCACAUCAUCCACAUCGACUUCGGCUUCAUCCUCUCCAGCUCCCCCCGGAACCUGGGCUUCGAGACCUCGGCCUUCAAACUCACCUCGGAGUUCGUGGACGUCAUGGGGGGCCUGGACGGGGACAUGUUCAACUACUACAAGAUGCUGAUGCUGCAGGGGCUGAUUGCAGCCAGGAAACACAUGGACAGGGUGGUGCAGAUCGUGGAGAUCAUGCAGCAAGGCUCCCAGCUCCCGUGUUUCCACGGCUCCUCGACCAUCCGGAACCUGAAGGAGCGAUUCCACAUGAACAUGACGGAGGAGCAGCUGCAGCUGCUGGUGGAGCAGAUGGUGGACGGGAGCAUGAGAUCCAUCACCACCAAGCUCUACGACGGCUUCCAGUACCUCACCAACGGCAUCAUGUGACCGCAUUCCCAAAAAAAAAUCCCGGCUCCGCCCUCGGGAAAGGAGGAGCUUCCAGCGGGAGCGGCGUCUUUUU